AGAGAGAGAGCUAAGUUCGGUGCCAGACACAGCGAGGGACAGAAGUCGAUUUCCCGGCCUUUCAUCGCAAGCAACAUUCGAUUGCAUUUCCCAAACACUCAUCCCGUGUAAAACCACCUCACUUUACAUCCACAAUGGCCGUCUGGGAAGGAAAGAAGUACAAGAUGGAGAAGUCGGAGGGAUUCGAUGACUACAUGAAGGCUCUCGGUGUCGGCAUGGUGCUUCGCAAGCUUGGCAACAGCAUCUCGCCCACGGUGGAGCUCGUGAAGAACGGUGACGAGUACACGUUCAACACGCUGUCCACCUUCAAGAACACGACGAUCAAGUUCAAGCUGGGCGAGGAGUUCGAUGAGGAAACCGUCGAUGGACGUAUGGUCAAGUCGGUCUGCACCUUCGAUGGCAACAAGCUGAUCCACGAGCAGAAGGGCGAGAAGCCGACCACGAUCGUGCGCGAGUUCACUGCCACCGAUCUGACCGCCACCAUGACUGCCGGCAACGCCAAGUGCGUCCGCUACUACAAGGCCGUCUAAGAAGGACCGACCGACCGAGCGAGCGAGCUUCUUCGCCGGAGCAACUACACUCGAUCUGUGACCGAGUGGACCUUUGCUUUACCAUCAGGACAUCACAUUUCCAGCAUCAUUCGCAUUUAGAUUCUACUGCAUGGAGAGGACGUAGCAACUAACAGACUAAACGGAGAAACACACACAGACACAGAGCCCUUGCGGGUGAGGAGCCUGCAGACGUGCGGUUGCAAAAGGAUGUGUGCGUGCGUGUGUGACUGUAUUUAUAAGAGACCAUCGCGGUGUGGUCGUGGAACGCGUGUGUACGUGUGUGCGUGUGCACGUACCGAAGAAGCGAACAAUAGCGGUAGUGCGUUUUGCUCAUUUGCGAUCGUUUAUGUAUAUAUUUCGUACGAAAUAUUAUGAUUUGAUCAUAAUCCUCAAUCCUUGUUUGUGUUGCUCAUUCACCAAUCGUCAAGAAUAAAAAGACCAAGCUUAAACGAA